CGAUUGUCGUAUUUGCAAUCACCAUACAUGCAUAUGCUUACGAGAAAAGUGAGAUGGAGGAGUUAUCAAUGGUUGCACUCUCUGGCUGUAUUUGGUUGCAAGCUUUCGUUGUCUCGAUAGAGACCAAUUCCUUCACAAUACCGCAACUUCUUGCAAUAUGGGGAAAUCUGGCUGCAUUUUAUGUCAUCAACUGGAUAGUCAGUGCCCUGCCAUCAUCAGGAAUGUACACAAUCAUGUUCCGCCUUUGUAGACAGCCAUCUUACUGGGUUACUAUGUUUCUCAUUGUUGCAGCAGGGAUGGGUCCGGUGCUAGCUCUUAAGUACUUCAGAUAUACAUACAGAUCAAGUAAAAUCAACAUCCUUCAGCAGGCUGAACGUUUGGGAGGUCCCAUAUUGUCGUUAGGAAAUAUAGAGCCACAACCUAGAUCCUACGAUAAAGAUGUCUGUCCAUUAUCAAUUUCUCAACCCAAGAACAGAAAUCCAGUGUUUGAACCUCUACUAUCAGAUUCUCCAAAUGCCACGAGACGGUCUUUUGGACCAGGGACACCAUUUGACUUCUUUCAGUCCCAAUCGAGAUUGUCUUCAAGCUAUUCAAGAAACUGCAAGGACAACUGAGAUCUAUAACCCACCAGCAAAAAUUAAACAAAUACAGGACUGCAUAAGUGAAGCAAUUCCAGGGACUCCAUGUAGCGUUGGUGGUACCACUGGGAGAACAAUGAAGAUACUGGAUAUAGACUAAGGUGGGACUGAUGAGAAAUGUGCUGCUAAUUUAUCUGGGAAGCUGAUAUUAUUUGUGGGAUCUUCUGUACCUAUUAGUUUACAGGAGAAGAGAAAUCCCUUGGGAAGAUGAUAAGUAUCAAUUUUAUUUUUUAAUGAACAUUAUUUUUGCAACAUUGUAAAUUUAUUUUACAUCAAUCCAAGGAUCUCUCCAGAUUUGGAC